AUGGAAUUCAACCGAGAACAUUUUCGCGCUAUAAUUUAUUACAACUUUCAGAGACAAUUAUCGCAACAAGAAUGCCUUGCUGGGUUACUGUCUGUUUUCGGCAACGAAGCGCCACAUCAGUCGACAAUUUCCCGUUGGUAUGGAGAAUUCAAACGUGGACGGGUGAAUCUUAGCGACGAACCCAGGGUUGGUGCACCAAAAAUGGCAGUCACCCAGGAAAACGUCGAUGCUGUGCGCAAACUCAUCAUUGAAGAUAGACAUGUGACAUAUCGCGAGAUUGAGGCGUCCUUGAAGAUCUCAAAGACCUCAAUUCAAAAAAUUUUACAUGAAGAAUUAGGAGUAAGAAAAUUAGUUUCUCGUUGGAUACCCCACCUGUUGACUGAAGAGCAGAAAGCAGCCAGGGUUAAUUGCAUUGUUAAUGGUGAUGAAUCGUGGAUCUACUGUUAUGAACCAGAAAAUAAACGACAGUCGACUGUUUGGGUGUUCCAAGAUGAAGAAACGACAAGAAAAGUCAUCCGUUCUCGAAGUGUUUCGAAAAAGAGGCUUAGAAAAAUCAAACCCGAAAGAAGAAUCAUCCUCCACCAAGACAAUGCAAGCUCGCACACAGCCCAAAGAACAAGGCAGUAUUUAACGGAAGAAAACAUGAAAUUAUUGGACCAUCCUCCAUAUAGUCCCGAUCUAAGUCCUACCGAUUUCUUUACUUUCCCGAAAAUUAAAAACAGACUGCGUGGUAAAAGGUUCCAGUCACCAGAAGAAGCAGUUGACGCAUUCAAAAAUGCCGUUUUGGAUCUGCCAGCAAACGAGUGGAAUAAGUGCUUCGAAAAUUGGUUCGAGCGCAUGCAGAUUCGUAUAUACAAAAAUGGUGCAAAAAUAAAAAACACGUUUCGCGCGCUUCGCCAACAUUUCGGUCGCAACAACCGCCCAAAUGAAACAACCAUCGGUCGUCUGGUGCGUAAAUUCGAGGCAACAGGUUCUGUGGCAAAUCUGCCAGGCUCUGGCCGGCCAAGGAGCGUUCGCACACCGGAAAAUAUUGCUGUUGUGAAGGAGAGUGUGAGAGACGAUCCGAAGCAAUCAACAACGCGUCGAUCCCAAGAAUUGGGCAUUUCGAGAACCAGUUUGCUCCGCAUUCUCCACAAGGAUUUGAAUGUACACGCCUACAAGAUCCAAUUGACGCAAGAGCUGCGUCGGGCCGACCAUUUUUCGCGCCGAACGUUAUCAGAUUGGCUCCUUGAACACCGCCAAAUUGAUGCCAAUUUUUCAUCAAAAAUCAUGUUCAGCGACGAAGCGCAUUUCACUUUGAAUGGGACGGUAAACAAGCAAAACUGCCGCAUCUGGGCAAACGAAAAUCCCCGUGAGUAUCAAGAGCAGCCGAUGCAUCCUCAAAAAGUGACUGUGUGGUGUGCAUUGUGGUCAAAAGGCAUCAUCGGACCUUACUUUUUCGAAAAUGCGGCCGGGGACUCCGUUACCGUCAAUUCUGAGCGAUAUCACGUGAUGAUAGAGGACUGUUUUUUGCCGCAACUUGAAGGAAUGGAUAUGGACGAUGUUCAUUUCCAACAAGACGGUGCAACAUGCCACACAACCAACGUCAAUAUCCAUCGAUUGCAGUCCUUCUUCGGUGAUCGCGCGAUUUCGCGCAGAGGAAAUGUGCCAUGGCCACCAAGAUCGUGCGAUUUGACUCCCUUGGACUUCUUUCUAUGGGGAUAUUUGAAAAGCAAAGUCUACGUCAACAAACCAGCCACCCUCCAAGAACUUAAAAACAACAUCAUUGCCGAGAUAAAUUCCAUAGAACCGACCAUGUUGCAAAAUUUCAUUGAAAAUUUCGACCAUCGCGUGGACGUCUGUAAAUCCAGUCGUGGUGAACAUUUGAGCGAUAUUAUUUUUCAUGCAUAA